GUUAUUUUAUGUGAAAAUUAUUAUUUAAAAUAUUAUAUUUUCUUCAUUUAAGUCUAAUAAUUGUUUUAAGUUAGAUUUAUAUUUGACAAUGUCUUUUCUCACUGGUUUACAACUACCAAAAGGACAGCUGACAUUCGUGGAAAGGUGGCCUUUGAUAAAUCCGAAUGAAGUAGCGUUCGUUUUGGCAACAUACCUCCUUUUUGUUUUGAAGAUUGGCCCAAUAAUAAUGGAGAGCCGAACAGCGUUCCGAAUAAAAGGAUUUCUCAUUUUUUACAAUGUGUUGAAGGUUAUUAAUUCAAGCAUUUUAGCUUAUAAGUUUCUUUCAUACGUCCUUAAGAAUGGCUUAUUUCCAAGGAAAUGUGAACACGACAACCUAACGCUAUAUAUAAUUGCAUCGUUAUACUGGAAAUACAUGGUCACGAAAUUUCUAGACUUGUUCGACACUGUAUUCUUUAUAAUCCGAAAAAAAUAUAACCAGGUUACCUUCCUCCAUAUGUAUCACCAUGUAUUCAUGGUUGUCAUCACGUGGUCAUGCUUAAAAUAUGACCCAUCAGAUCACUGGGCCUUUAUGGCGACCAUCAACUGUUUUGUUCACACCAUUAUGUACACAUAUUAUGGUAUAGCCGCUUUAGGACCUAGUUAUGCUAAGUAUAUCUGGUGGAAGAAAUAUUUAACAUUGCUGCAAUUGGUACAGUUUAUACUAGUGAUAGCACAUCUAUUAGUGCAAACCUAUACAUCAAAAUGUCCAAUGCUCGGCAUUACUUACUGGAUAGGCUUAGCUAACCUGUUUCUUUUUAUUCUUCUUUUCACCGACUUUUACAAUAAAAGGUAUAGAGCUCGUUGUAACAAAAAACUUAUUGAAUUCAUUUGCAGUAAACAAGUUAAUUAA